GAAUCAGCUUGGACGAUUUCUCAUCCAUAGUGGGGACAGUAAACAGAUAUCCCAAAUCUGAUUCACGAUCAGUAAACGGAAGUUGAGACGACAGCGUUUUACAAAAUUACCAAACCGCGGAAUAAUAAUAAUAACCGGAACUAUUAUCCGCACUACUGUGUUCCACCGUAGGAAAUAAAAUAUUGUUACACCCACAGAAGACAACUUUUAAAAAAUGUACCGAAGAUAAUCAAUUCUGGUUAAACUAUUGUCCUCUAGUACAGGCUGUCACUCGGAGAGCAAUGGGGGUACACGGGCUGUGGAAGCUGCUUGAGACCACCGGGAAGCCCAUCAACCCCGAGACGCUCGAGGGCAAGAUCCUGGCUGUCGACAUCAGUAUCUGGUUGAACCAGGCAGUGAAGGGUGUGAGAGACAGGGAGGGUAACAGUGUCCAGAACGCCCACCUCCUCACCCUGUUCCAUCGUCUCUGUAAAUUGCUCUUUUUCCGCAUCAGACCUGUCUUCGUGUUCGAUGGAGACGCUCCUCUGAUCAAGAAACAGACCCUGGCCAUCAGAAGACAGAGAAAGGAGGAGAAGACUAUGGAGUCCAAACAGACCAAUGACAAACUCCUCAAGACCUUCCUGAAGAGACAAGCCAUCAAAGCUGCUCUGGGAGAGAGGAGUCAGGAUCAUCUGCCCAGCCUGUCUGCUGUGAGGAGAGAGGAGGACAUGUUCAUGCUGCCUGCCCUGCCAGCCCAGGAGGAGGAGAGAGAGAGGAGCAGCUCAGACGAGGAGGAGCAGGAGGAGGAGGACAGCCGUCACAUCUACCAGGGGGAUUUCUAUGAAGACUCUAACUCUGUGGACAUCAACUCUGAGGAGUUUUCUGCCAUGCCUCCUGAGGUGAAACAUGAGAUCCUUAAAGACAUGAAGGAAUUCAGCAAGAGACGACGCACCAUGUACCACACACCCCCUGAGGUACCACACACC